AUGUUCAUCACAAGAGGCUUCUCCCUCACCAACUUCGUCAUCGGAUCCUCUGCUCUCUGUUUCCAAGUCUUCGUUCUCUACCCAUGGCACAACAAGCUCGAGAAGGACUUCGACGACCUUAGAGCCGCCCAUCUCGCCAUGAUGAAACAAAGUGAAGAAAACCGCACCGCAGAACUGAAAGCCAUCAAUGAGCGGCUGAGCAAUAUUAAGCAAUCCCGCGGAUGGUUCUGGUAG